CUCGCUGGGGACUGGCAGGAACCGGAGCAGCACUGCCGCCUCUGGCGCGAAGGCUCAGGCGCCUCCUCCCGCCCCAGUCACUGUGGCUCGGCGCACGCUGCCGGCGGCUGCCCUUUCCGCCUCUGGGGAAGAAAGCCCGCGGGCUGCUGUCGCGCUUGAACCAUGGCCUCGGGCCGAAGGGGCUGGGACAGCUCCCAUGAAGACGAUCUGCCCGUGUACCUGGCCAGGCCGGGCACCACGGACCAGGUCCCGCGGCAGAAGUACGGCGGCAUGUUCUGCAACGUGGAGGGCGCCUUCGAGAGCAAGACGCUGGAUUUCGAUGCCCUGAGCGUGGGGCAGCGGGGCGCGAAGACUCCCCGGAGCAGCCAGGGCAGCGGCCGCGGCUCGGGGAGCAGAGCCGGACUCGAGGCGGACACCCCGCGCAGGGGCCAAGGCCGGGAGGAGAGCAGGGAGCCGGCGCCCGCGUCGCCCGCGCCCGCCGGGGUGGAGAUCCGGAGCGCCACGGGCAAGGAGGUUUUGCAGAACCUCGGCCCCAAGGACAAGAGUGACCGUCUUCUUAUCAAGGGAGGCAGAAUCGUCAAUGAUGAUCAAUCCUUUUAUGCUGAUAUUUACAUGGAGGAUGGCUUAAUAAAGCAAAUUGGAGACAAUCUGAUUGUCCCUGGAGGAGUGAAGACUAUCGAGGCCAAUGGGAAGAUGGUGAUCCCUGGAGGCAUCGAUGUCCACACUCACUUCCAGAUGCCGUACAAGGGGAUGACCACAGUGGAUGACUUCUUUCAAGGGACGAAGGCUGCCUUAGCAGGGGGCACUACCAUGAUCAUUGACCACGUGGUGCCCGAGCCUGAGUCCAGCCUGACGGAGGCCUAUGAGAAGUGGCGAGAGUGGGCCGAUGGGAAGAGCUGCUGUGACUACGCCUUGCACGUGGACGUCACCCACUGGAACGACAGCGUCAAGCAGGAGGUGCAGAGCCUCAUCAAAGACAAAGGAGUUAACUCCUUCAUGGUUUACAUGGCCUAUAAGGAUUUGUAUCAAGUGUCCAACACGGAGCUCUACGAGAUCUUCACCUGUCUGGGAGAGCUGGGAGCCAUUGCUCAAGUUCAUGCUGAGAAUGGGGAUAUCAUUGCCCAGGAGCAAACCCGGAUGUUGGAAAUGGGGAUAACUGGCCCAGAGGGCCAUGUACUGAGCAGACCAGAGGAGCUAGAAGCUGAGGCUGUGUUCCGUGCCAUCACCAUCGCCAGCCAAACCAACUGUCCUCUCUACGUCACGAAGGUCAUGAGCAAGAGUGCGGCCGACCUCAUCUCACAAGCCAGGAAAAAAGGAAAUGUGGUCUUUGGCGAGCCCAUCACCGCCAGCCUGGGCACAGAUGGAACCCAUUACUGGAGCAAGAACUGGGCUAAGGCUGCUGCCUUUGUGACAUCCCCACCUCUGAGUCCUGACCCCACUACUCCUGACUACAUCAACUCCUUGCUGGCCAGUGGGGACCUGCAGCUCUCUGGGAGUGCCCACUGCACCUUCAGCACUGCCCAGAAAGCAAUUGGGAAGGACAACUUCACAGCCAUUCCCGAGGGCACCAACGGUGUGGAGGAGCGGAUGUCUGUCAUCUGGGACAAGGCCGUGGCCACAGGGAAAAUGGAUGAAAACCAAUUUGUGGCUGUGACAAGCACAAAUGCUGCCAAGAUCUUCAACCUGUAUCCCCGCAAGGGAAGAAUAUCUGUAGGUUCUGACAGCGACUUGGUGAUCUGGGACCCAGAUGCUGUAAAGAUUGUUUCUGCCAAGAACCACCAGUCGGCUGCAGAGUAUAACAUCUUUGAAGGAAUGGAGCUGCGCGGAGCUCCUCUGGUGGUCAUCUGCCAGGGCAAGAUCAUGCUGGAAGAUGGCAACCUGCACGUGACACAGGGGGCCGGCCGCUUCAUCCCCUGCAGCCCGUUCUCCGACUACGUCUACAAACGCAUUAAAGCCCGGAGGAAGAUGGCAGACCUGCACGCGGUCCCAAGGGGCAUGUAUGAUGGGCCGGUGUUUGACCUGACCACCACGCCCAAGGGGGGCACCCCCGCCGGCUCCACCCGGGGAUCUCCCACGCGGCCGACCCCGCCCGUGAGGAACCUCCAUCAGUCGGGAUUUAGCCUGUCGGGCACCCAAGUGGAUGAGGGGGUCCGCUCGGCCAGCAAGCGCAUCGUGGCGCCCCCUGGAGGCCGUUCUAACAUCACAUCCCUGAGUUAAGCAACCUCUCCCCAAAGAGAGGGGCAGAAGCAAGAGAUUUUUUUGAAGCCAAAAUGGUACACCAAUAUUUAAGAAGGAAAGCGAAUCCAAACAGUUGCGAUCUAAAGAAUCAAUAAGCCUCAAGCCUUAUGUUUCUCCAAUGUUACGCUCGCUUGCCUAGCUUUACG